AUGACCUCCAUCAAGACUGGCCCGACCACGCCGGGCCUGCACUGGCUUGCCAUUCCCGUUGCCACCUCCAUCAUCCUCUUUCUCGGCUACAGCUCGCAAUGGCUCUUCCACACGGCCAGCUACCUCGAACCGGGUCCACUGACGACAGCAGAGUCUAUCACGUUCAACACCCUGCUGCUCUGCCUCUUGUGGACAUACUUUCGGGCCUGCACCGUGGACCCGGGCCGCUACGUGUUCGACAUCCCCACCGUCUUUGACCCCAAGACCGACCCGGCCUCCCGUGCUCUCUUCUCCUCCUCAGCCUCCUCAUCCUCGUCAUCAUCCUCAUCCUACACACCCACGGCCUCGCCAACGCGGUGGUGUAAGAAGUGUCGUGCGCCCAAGCCGCCACGGGCACACCACUGCCGGCACUGCGCCCGAUGUGUGCCCAAGAUGGACCAUCACUGUCCGUGGACGGGCAACUGCGUGUCCAUGCAGACGUUCCCGUACUUUCUGCGCUUUGUCGUCUUCACAAACGUGUCGCUCUGGAUGCUCGGCUACCUGCUGGCCCAACGCUUCUACGCCCUGUGGGCAGAGCGCCAUCUGCCGGCCUACCUGGGCCCGACCCUGCUGGAGCUGGCCCACCUGACUAUCCUGGCUCUCGUCUGCAGCGCUACGAUGCUCACCCUCAGCAUCAUGCUGUACACGACUGUGUACGCCUGGCUGUUCAACACGACCAUGAUCGAGAGCUGGGAGAUCGACCGCCACGAGGCCGUCGUCGACCGCUACAACAGCACGCAUGCCGACGGCACCUUUUGGGAUGAGGGCGACGACUACGAUGAUGGCGGCGAUGACUACAACAGCACAAAUGCCGGCAGCGACGACGACGACGACGACGACGAUGGCGACACGUACGACGAGAGCCCUCGUAAGAAAACAGCCCCGCGCUCGCGUGUGGAGUUUCCGUACGACAUUGGCUUCUUCGGGAACAUGUCCCAGGCCAUGGGAACCGUGAACAUCUUUCUGUGGUUUUUUCCAUUUGCCAGCGGGCCCAAGGUCGCCAUCGGGGGCUCCGGUGCGGGCUGGGACUGGCCCGAGAACGGGUUCAACAGUGAGCCGGGCAUGUGGCCGCCUCCCGAUCCGGACAAAAUCCGACGGGCCAAGCGCGAAAGCUGGGCAGAACAGACCGACCAGACCAUGGCAGCGACAUCGGGACACGACUACAGGCUCUCGCCCAACAGCAGCUGGAAGACGGGCACGCCCGAGGAAGAGCUAGCGGCAUUCAAACAGCGACAGGCGGCGGAUUUCCGGCGUCGCCAGCACGGUGUCGUGGCCAAGGCAGUUGUCGAGGAGGAGGGCAUGGACGGCCGGCCGGGGUGGACAAACGCUGAUGGCGACCGACUGCGCGACUACGGCGUAGACGAAGAGGUCGACGGGGACGAGGACGACGUGCCGUUGUCCGAGCUGCUUCAGCGGCGGAAAAAAGGACAGUGA